UGGUUGGUGGGUCUGUCUGGGCUCAGCGGCGGGCGCAGCGGGGUCCGGGCCGGCGCGCUCUCGCCUCCUUCCGACGCCCCCGCCCAGGUCCGUGAGGGAGCGAGAGCGGGAGCUCAAGGCCGGGCCGGGGGGCGCCCAGCCCAGCCGCGAGGAGCGGGACCAUGUCGGGCCAGGAGGAGGAGCGCGCCAAGGAAAUCCUGAGGGGCUUCAAGCUAAAUUGGAUGAAUCUCCGUGAUGCAGAAACAGGGAAAAUUCUCUGGCAAGGAACAGAAGACCUCUCCGUCCCUGGAGUAGAGCACGAAGCUCGAGUUCCUAAGAAAAUUCUGAAAUGCAAGGCUGUAUCUCGGGAGCUAAACUUUUCCUCGACUGAGCAGAUGGAGAAAUUCCGACUGGAACAGAAAGUGUAUUUCAAAGGACAGUGUCUAGAAGAAUGGUUCUUUGAGUUUGGCUUUGUGAUUCCCAACUCAACAAACACUUGGCAGUCCUUGAUAGAGGCCGCUCCUGAGUCACAGAUGAUGACCGCUAAUGUUCUAACUGGGAACGUUAUCAUAGAAACCAAGUUUUACGACGACGACCUCCUCGUCAGCACGUCAAGAGUAAGACUGUUCUACGUUUGAAAGAAGGCCCCGGCAGGGCGGGGCACGGGCCUGGUUUAGUUCUCCCCCCUCUCACCUGGUUCCUGGUGCCGAAUCCCCAGCCCACAUCCAAAAAAGUGUCCCGUGGAAGAAUCUCUCUCUCUCUGUCUCUCUCUUCCCGUAGGCGCUGAGCCCGGGGACCAGCUCGGCGCAAGUUGCGGCCUUGGCCCAUUCUCUCUGCUCUUCUAGCUGGAUGAGGCCGAGCCGCAACACGGCGUGUCACCAUCUGCUCAGAAUGCGGUGGGGGGUAGAAGAGGGAUUGAGGACUCUGUUUUAUUAGAGACCCAAAUGGGCAUGAAGGAUCAAGACUGUAAAUUAUGUUCAGGUUUUUUAAAAAUCCUUUGUAUGUCUCUGUAUCUUAGUACCCAAACUUCCCCUCCAUGGCAGGCUGGAAAAACCCUUCAGUUCUCCAUUGUUCUGUUUGUCAGUUCAGUUUUAAGUUAACUCUCUCACUCCUUCUCCCUUCCUAUCUCUCUCUCUCUCUCUCUCUCUCUCUCUCUCUCUCUCUCUCUCUGUCUUUUGCUCUCUCUCAAUUCAUUCCAUCUCUUUAUUUCUACAUAGGGGGCCCAAACAUCAUCACGUCCCUCCCGCACCCCUUCGCUCCUUCAACUUGUAAAAUAGACUGAUAUUAUUACAUAAUGUAAUUAAAAUAAAACAUUUCUGAAUUAAAAAGCAAACAUUCCUACCA